AUGAGCGAGGAUAACAAGGAUCUCCCGCGGCUUGCAGGCGAAUACGCCGAGAAGGACAUCGAUCUUUACGAUGUUCUCCGUAUUGACGCGCUCACCCCAAAGGAGGACAUCCAUCGAGCAUGGAGAAAAGCUUCCCUGAAACACCAUCCUGACAAAGCCGGUGCCGACUACGACCCAGAAAAAUGGGAGCUGUUAGAAAAGGCGCGAGACAUUUUGAUGGACGAAAAUUCUCGCACCGUCUACGAUGGAGCAAUCAAGGCAAAGCUCCUCCGGAAGCAGGAACGCGAGGCCAUGGACAAGGAGCGCAAGAAGUUUGCAGAUGAUCUUGAGGCGCGCGAAAAUGCGGCCAGGAGAGUGAGGGACGAGAAGGAGCAAAUGGAUCGGGAGAUGCUGCAGAAAGAGCGUGAGAGAUUGAAUGAGCAGCAACGCAUGAGGGAGGAGGAGGCGGUACGGCAGGCUGAGGCUGCGCAGGAGGUGGAAGACUUGGCUGAGGCGAGGAGGCGGUUGAAGGAGAAGAGGGACGAGAAGGCAAGGAAGAGGCAGGCCAAGGAGAGCAUGAAGGCGACCCUUGGAUCGAUUGGCAAGCCUUCUGGACCGGCGAAUGGGACUGUCAACGUUCCUGGGGAUUAUGUUGCGGAUUUGAGUAUCAAUGUCCCGUACUGGGAGCUGGUUUGUGAGAAGCUACGUGCCGUUCAGGCGGUUCGAAAUUUACAGAAGCAGGAUACGUCGGCGGAGAUUCUGCAAGAAGCGGAAAAGGCGGUCCUUGAGGCGCGAAGGAAGAUUCACGAAGUAGAGGUCAGGUAUCAGCGCGAGACGGCAGCGGUUUAA